CUCUCUCAGAGAGGGCAGGGCGGGCAAGGGCGGGACUGGCCCGCUGUUGGCGGACUGGGGAGCCGCGGAGCUAACGGGUCUGGACGCAGGCGGCGGCGGCGGCUUUUUCUGAGCUGACGGAGGCGGCGGCAGGAGCGGCGAGCAUGGCCCGUGCGACGCCGGGCGCUGACUGAGGCUGUGAGGCUGCCAAGGGUCAGUUCGAUAAGAGGGAAGAGAUAGACUCCUUGAGUUUUAUCCUCCCGACAGCUGCCUUCUCUCAGCCGGCCCCACAGAUACUGUCUAUUGUGGCCCUGCUCGUGCUCUGUCUCCGUGCCUUCCUGACAGUCACAACCCCUGGCUUCAGCCCUGCUGCGCUUCCCCUGCCUGGCCGCCAGCUCCCGUUCCAUCUGUGGUGAGAUCAGGUGUGGCCCUAAAAAGAAAAAAAAAUAAUAAAAGAGUUGGAUGGGAAGCAUCGUCCCUUUCCCAAGGGUCUAUAAGUUGAAGAUGGACUCACCUCUUCAUUCUUGAAGCCAUCGGCUGUGCCCACCACCAGUGUUCUAGCUGAUUCAAAAUACACCCCCAGACAUCCAGGCAAGUUGCAGAAGGAAAAGGAGGGCCCGGCAGCUUUUCUGCAGCUCUUCAUUAUACAUCUCUGGUAUUUACCCCCAGAGAAAAGAGAGUAUGUGCCCACAAAAUGACUUGUACAUGAAAGUCCAGGCAGUUUUACUCACAACCAAAAACUGGAAACAAGUCAACUGUCCAAAGGUGAACAAGAACAACUGCUGAUAUACAUAACAUGGACUGAUCUCCAAAACAUGGUGCUGAGCAAAAGAAGCCAGACUCGCAGGAGUGUUUUAUGAAGUUCAAGAACAAGUAAACCUAAUCUGUGGUGACACGACUUAGCCAAAUGGGAGAGUGGGUCAUGCUGCGGCAGCCUGGCGCCUGACAAGCGAGGGAAACCUGCCAGGGAAUUACUGCUAGCUUGAGGCAGGACAGCGGCCUCAGGGGAGCGGGGAUGGGCAGAGCAGCCGCCGAGUCCGGGCCAGCAGCACCAAGACAGAGGCCUGGGCCCUGGUCUGGAGCUCAGCUCACACUUGCUCGGCAGACCCAAAUGGCAUUUGAAGCAGCACCCUGCUGAGGAGUGGCUGUUCCCAGGACGCAGAGGACCUCACAACCCCUACACAAGGAGCUCAGCAACCCCUACACAACUGCAGUUGGGGGCCGUGACCAUCAAAAGAAGAAGGGGUUGGUGCCUCAGAUGGGAAGCAGAGGGGCAGAACCUAACUCCAGAAGGACCUUGGUCUCUGAAGAGUUUUCUGGCACCCACGGAGCUUCCUGGGUUUCUUCUUGGCGUAUCCGGGCUUGAUUCCCUCCCCUGGCAGAGGGCUUGGGCCCUAAGGGCCAACUGAGGUGGGGACGACUCUUGCAUGAAAUUAAGGCUGCUUGAGACCCACGCGCUCUCUGCUGUGAUUGGGGUUCAAGGGCUUCCCUGCCACAGGGGACGAGGGGCUGCUCAUGAACCACAAAGACCCCGAAUGCUGCAGACUGGAUCAUUUCAAGCCACCAAAGAGGGGGACCCCCAGAGCUGGCAGCCAGCAACCCCAAGAGACUAGAGGGCUGGGAUGGACUGACCUCCCCCUCACCAGGGCUCUGGGAGAAGCAGAGCCUCUGUGGCCCAGCUAGUGACAGAGAGGCCCGAUGAAGCCAUAAGCAGGGCUCAGGUGGCCCGGGGACAGGGACCCACUGCUUCCGACGUGCUUUCUCCUGACACUGAAGGAGGACGUGGCAUGGUGUGAAACCCCUGCCACUGUCCCCUCUGAGGCACAUGCCCCUAUGCCCUUUGCACGUGGUGCCAAAAUAAGCAGUGGCUGGCCUGUCAGCGGACUGGGAAAGGAGUGGCCACGGUGACACCCACCUGACCGCCAGGCUAGGGGCUCAGCUCCCAGGGGCGCCGAACCAUGAAGUGCUCCCUGCGGGUGUGGUUCCUCUCCGUGGUUUUCCUGCUGGUGUUCAUCAUGUCACUGCUCUUCACCUACUCCCACCACAGCAUGGCCACCGUGCCCUACCUAGACUCGGGCGCCCUGGGUGGGACCCACCGGGUGAAGCUGGUGCCCGGCUAUGCCGGCCUGCAGCGCCUUAGCAAGGAGGGGCUCGCCGGCAAGAGCUGUGCCUGCCGCCGCUGCAUGGGUGAUGCCGGCGCCUCUGAGUGGUUUGAUAGCCACUUCAACAGCAACAUUUCCCCCGUCUGGACCCGAGAGAACAUGGAUCUGCCCCCGGAUGUCCAGAGAUGGUGGAUGAUGUUGCAGCCCCAGUUCAAGUCACACAACACCAACGAGGUACUGGAGAAGCUGUUCCAGAUAGUACCAGGCGAGAACCCCUACCGUUUCCGGGACCCCCACCAGUGCCGGCGCUGUGCUGUGGUGGGGAACUCGGGUAACCUGCGGGGCUCUGGCUAUGGGCCAGACGUGGACGGGCACAACUUCAUCAUGAGGAUGAAUCAGGCGCCAACCGUGGGCUUUGAGCAGGAUGUCGGCAGCCGAACCACCCACCAUUUCAUGUACCCCGAGAGUGCCAAGAACCUGCCUGCCAACGUCAGCUUCGUGCUGGUGCCCUUCAAAGCCUUGGACCUCCUGUGGAUUGCCAGCGCCCUCUCCACAGGGCAGAUCCGAUUCACCUAUGCCCCAGUGAAGUCCUUUCUUCGAGUGGACAAAGAAAAGGUCCAGAUCUAUAACCCAGCCUUCUUCAAGUACAUCCAUGACAGGUGGACAGAGCAUCAUGGGCGGUACCCUUCCACUGGGAUGCUGGUACUCUUCUUUGCCCUGCACGUGUGUGAUGAGGUGAACGUGUAUGGAUUCGGGGCCGACAGCCGGGGCAACUGGCACCACUACUGGGAGAAUAACCGGUACGCUGGCGAGUUCCGGAAGACCGGCGUGCACGACGCCGACUUCGAGGCCCACAUCAUCGACAUGCUGGCCAAGGCCAGCAAGAUCGAGGUCUACCGAGGCAACUGAGCUCGGCCUCGUCGCGACCCUUCCGGCCCUGCGGCGAGGUCCAGGCGUGCGCUCCAGCAGGGACUCAGGGCCAGCCUAGGGGCGGUGGGCGCGGCGCCCCAUUGGGCAUCAGCAGGAAAUUGGGAGCGACGCCAGCCGCGGUCCGGACCAAUCAUGCUGCAGUCCAGCGAGCUAUGGCCCGCCAAUCACUGGACUCUGAGGCCAGCCCGGGCCUAGCGUCAAUCAGCGCUGCUGUCGGGCGGAGCCUCUUUCUCCCAGCCAAUCAUGCGACUCAAGGAGAACUUCCGGCGCUGGACCCUGUCUCCUCCAAUCAAUGGCCUUCGGAGGCGGGCUGGCGGCCGCACAAUCCCCACUCCCCUAUGCUUUUGGGUAGGAUUUUAUUUCACGCUUUCUAAGGAAGAGAAGUUUUUUCUGGCCUCGAGAAGUACUUUUCUCUAGGCUCGGUAGGAGGCGUCUCAGCCGCUUGCCGGCCUGACCCCGCGAACGCGCGAAGAAGGAAACGGUGGGGAAGGCACGGGACAGCGGCAGCGCGGCCUCUCAUGGCCUCGGGGCGGGCGGAGGGGCGUUCGCGGAGCCUUUCUGGCGGUCGAGGGCCGGGCGGGUGGUUUCCAGGGAGCGCGUUUUUCCCCAGGGGAAGAGUUAGAGCUCUCCCAAACUGCUCCGGACUACGAGAAAGCUAGACCCCUCAGUUCCUUUAUCAGUCAAGCGCAGAUGGGUGAGUGUAAACCCACCAAAGAAAUGCGGUGAGAAUCCAGAGGGUGCGUGGGUCCCCUUCUCCUGCCUCCACCCCCUUCCCGCCUUUGGCCACCCUAUGGAAUGGCCUUUCUGACCAUGGCAUUUAGUGUCUCACCGGAAAACUAUUAAUUGUAUUCACCUCUUGUUCAGGAGGGUGAGGGGCAGAAUUAGCCCAGGGCUUAACUCUGGAACACUGGUGUAAGGAACAGGGCAGGGGACUAGGAAGCCCCGUCACAUCAAAUGUAAGGUGCUUCUCACUCACAUGUACCCUUGGCCCUUGUUGUUUGCCCACAACCUUUUUAGUGUCUCGCCCUGGGCCUCCUCACCAGCCUACUUGUUGCUCUGGAAAAUAAAUCAAAACUUGCCCUGUGAUUGGGGCACUUGCUGCUUCCCCCACCCCCACCGCCUACCCGCCCUUCCCCGGUUUGGCUGGCUCUAGAAAAACGGAGCUACACGUGGGAAGGAAAGCUGGCCCAGCUGCCUGGUCCUUCACCCAUCACCCCAAAAAGGAGUAGGAAACCUCUUGCUGGGGGGUGGAGUUUGCUUUGGGCUCAUGAUUUAGCUAACCUGAAGUUACCUGGGGUGGCUGACCAACAGGGAUUCUUUUCAAAUACUAAGCUGGCCAUGCAGAAUAUCUGGGGAGGAGAAGACUUGCUCCCUGCAUGCCUCCUCCUCUGCCCACACAUUUACCCCCCUCACCUCCUGCCUUUACCCUUUAACUCACUUUCCAUUUCCAGCUCUAGAAGGGCUGGGAAGCUAACAAGCAGAGGUUACAGCUGGAAGCUACUUGCAUGAUUGAACCCAGCUUAAGUCCCUAGAGGAAGAUGCUGAAGGUAUUCUCACCCUUCAGGGUUGGGGAAGUGUAACAGGAGGGGGGAAGGGCUUCUGUGAAGCUUCCAAACUGCUAAAAGGAUCCCCCUUCCUAACAGUGAGGAAACAGACAACCACGCUUUUUCUUAGUGCUUAGUGAGUUGGUAACCACCCAGCAGCCUCCUGGCCGUUGGUGUAGUUCCUGCAGCUGGCUAGGGAAAUAGUAGCCAGCAGGAGAGUAUAUUAGAGGAUUAGGGUGGGGCAGUGGACACCCCUAAAAGUUAAUAUAUUGAGAACUUAGCUUGAGUCUGUUCCUUCCCAGUUCCAAAAGUAGGAGAAGCAAAGAAUGGGGGUGGAUUUGGGGGGCCUUUAGUGGAAGGCCUUGCUCAGGGCCUCUCCCAUCAGUAGAGAGUCCAGGCACCAGCCAUUCUUGCCAGUCUCAUCUCAGUGCUUCCUGAAGAGGCUGUUUUGAGUGUUUAGAAGAUGAAAAAACAAUGCAAUUAUGCCAAACAGUAUCGAGCAGAAUAAUUUAUUUCUUUAUUGUUCCUUUUUCUUCUACUUUUGUUUGGGUUUUGUUUUAUUUAAAACAUUAAUAAAUCCCCAUUCUGGAAGAGGUAGGUCCCAGCAUCCAGCCCAAAUCUUCUUUUCUGCAAUAGUUAUUUAAACAAAUGUUUUGUAUUUUCUUCCCUUUCUCUCUUUCUGAAUUAAAAAGAACAAAGAAACUAUA